AAAAUAUUAAUAUUUAUUUAUUAAAAUUAAUUAAUAAAAGAUGUUUGCGGUGAGUAAAAAGAUAAAAAUAUAAUAAUUAGUUGUUUUUUUUUUUCUUUUGGUAAGCAAUGAUUACUCUGUUAAGAGAAUAAAGAUAUAGUUUCAGCCCAAUGCAAAAUAUGAACAAAAUCAAAUCAGGCUUAAAACCCAGUGCACGCAACAUAAGAAAGAGGGUGGCACUUCAAAAUUCCAACAUUUGAAGGGCGGGAAACGUCUACUCUACAUCGUAGCAGCAGUCGGCUAGAGAAAGAUAAUUAUCACUCAUUAAUUUUGAAAUAUUCAGUCGCGUUUGCAGCCACAUUCUGUAUCUUGCUCUAAGAACAUGUCGAUGGCUUCCCCUGUACGCUAAUUUGCAUGACGAAUGAUUAUUUCAACUGAAUCUUCUAAUCCUAAAUUAGACCAAGGCCAUCUGCUACUCUGCUCACUUGGCCUCUACAUCACCUUACUAGAUUUCAUAUUGGCCAAAAAUCAGCCACAUUUUGGAAGUCUCAAUGUUUGUGAUAAUGUAGACAGGAUCAGCAAGUUGCCUGAUGAAGUUCUCAGUCACAUAUUCUCAUAUCUUCCAACAAAGGAUGCAGUUGCCACCAGCAUUUUGUCUAAAAGAUGGGAAUACCUUUGGACAUAAACUCCAGAUCUCGACUUUUCUGAUCAGUUUCCUUUUGAUCGUAGUAAUGAAAGUAUCAUGGAGUGUCCACUAUACGAAAGUUUCUUCUGCAUUUCUAAACCAAACAAGUUUCCCCUUGUAUCUAUGCUUGGAUUUUUGCUGUGGUUACUUGCAAUAUCCAAGAAUUGGCCAUUGAAGGCAGUUUCUUUACAGUUAAAGAACUGCCCUGGAGACUGUUUCCUAGAUUUGCCUACUUAUAUUUGCUUCCCAUCCCUUAAAAUUCUAAAUCUUGAGGGCUUUUUAUGUGUGGAUGAAGCCUCCAUGGAAAGGCUCGUUUCUAGUUGCCCUGUCCUUGAAGAUUUAGCCAUUGCAAGACAAGAAUGGGAUGAUGUGCGAAUUAUGAAAAUUUCCACACCUUCGUUGAAAAGGUUGUCCAUUCAUCCCAAUGUUAGAUGUCCUAAUUAUGAUCAGGAGACUGAGCUUAACACUUUAUUAUGGCAUGAGUACCUCAGACAUAGCGGUACUAGAUGGGAAUUAAAUGUUUUGUCCUCCCUAGUAGAAGCACGUGUUUAUGUUGAAUAUGAUAUUGGCCUUCUUAAUGGAAUCUCCAAUGUUAAGCAUUUAGUACUGACUGGAGAGGUUACGUGGGAACUGGGUGUCAUCAUUCGUGACUAUGCAUUGCCUACAUUCAAUAAUCUAAAGAAAUUAGAGCUGUAUGUUGGAAAGCCAGUCAACUGGGAACUGCUACCAAAUUUAUUGGAGUCCUCUCCAAAUCUAGAAGUUCUCAUCUUUCCUGAGGGACUUGUGGUGCUAAAGAAAGUGGCAGAGAUUACUACCGUUUCUAUUGCCAUCGACCAGAGUCUGUGCCUGAAUUUCUGCUUUGCCAUCUCAAGACCAUUGAAAUUUUCAACUUUGUGGGACUGCCAGGUGAGCUCUAUCUUGUAGAGUAUUUGCUGGAGUGUGGGGAAGUGUUGGAUAGGAUGACUAUUUACUGUUAUGAUUUCGGCAGAAGGCCAAGAAUGAAGAAGAAAAUGGAAGGGGUUAUAGAUGAGGUACUGAAUUUUGAAAGAAGUUCCACUACUUGC